AUGUCUGCAUCAGGCUCCGAAAGCACUGCCGCAAGCUCGUCCGAAAGCACUCAACAACACGAAUUUUUACUUAUUGAUGGCCAAAAGAUAUCCGAUGAAAUCAAGGAGGAAGUGAGCCAGUCCAUCAAACAAGUUGUUGAAAAACAAUUAAAGGACGGCAAGAGCGAGGAUGAAGUGAAACGUCCAGGAUUGGCUGUGAUUUUAGUAGGACAAAGAAAAGAUUCACAAACUUAUGUCUCCAUGAAGAAGAAGACUUGCAUCAGCUUGGGAAUGAGAAGUUUUGAGACAACUUUUGAAGACGGAGAAAACACAACUGAGGAACAAAUUAUUGAAGCUAUUCAGCGAUAUAAUGAAGAUGAGAGAGUUCAUGGAAUUUUGAUCCAAUUACCUCUCCCAGCUCACAUUAACGAGGAGAGAGUAUUGUCAUCGGUUAAAUUGGAAAAGGAUGUGGAUGGCUUGUCUGUCUAUAAUAUUGGUAGAUUGGCCAUGCGUGGUAGAGAACCAACUUUUAUUCCUUGUACACCAGCUGGAUGUCUCGAAUUAAUUAAGAGAACCGCUAAAACUUUGAAUAAGAAUUUGGAUGGAGCUAAUGCCAUCGUCAUUGGAAGAAGUAACAUUGUUGGUAUUCCAAUGUCUUUACUGCUUUUACACAAGUUGAACUGCACAGUUCAAAUUGUUCACAGCAAGUCAAAGGAUAUUCCAGAGAAAGUUAAACAAGCUGACAUUGUUGUGGCAUGUUGUGGACAACGAGAAUUUGUUCAACCUGAAUGGAUCAAAGAGGGAAGUAUUGUAAUUGAUGUUGGUAUUAAUGCUGUUGAGGACUCGACCAAAAAAGCUGGAUAUAGAUUGGUCGGUGAUGUUAAGUUCGAUGAAACUUUGCAAAAGAGAGCAGCUGCUGCAACUCCAGUGCCUCGUGGUGUUGGACCAAUGACCAUUUGCAUGCUCAUGUCCAACACUUUUACUGGUUUCAAGAGAAAGCAUCCUGAACUUUUUGAAUAA